AUGUUGCAUUCUCCACUCUUUUCCCUCUCCUUCUGCUUUGUCUUCUUCUUCUUCGUCAUCCUGAUUCCUCAACAGAACUGUUCUCCUCUUCCACUCUCAAGACACCGCCCGAACCCGAAACACUUUCCUGUUGGUGUUGAUCUGGUGAACACAACCUGCGAGCUGUGUGCAAAUGCAUCAGCCAGUUUCAACUACAAGUUCUGCGUAUCCUCUCUCGAGAGGCUUCCCAUUAGCCAUGCUGCCAAUUUUCAAGGACUGGCGAUCGUCGCAAUGGAGUUGGCGGUGGAGAAUGCCAGCAACACCGUUUUGAAAAUUGCAAAUAUGAUGAACAGCGGAACCUUUGACCACCAUGAUAUGGGUUGCUUGGAGGAUUGUAUGGAAACAUACUCGCAUUCAGUCACGGCACUGCUGAAUUCCAUUGGAGCUUUCAUGGCCAAGCAUUACGGUGUUGCCAACACAUGGAUGUUGCAGGUUACGAAAGGAACGAGAAGGUGCGAGCUAGGAUUUUCCAGAGGGAGAAAAGAAGCUUCUCCAUUAAAAAAAGAGAAUUACAACAUUCUUCGACUAAGUGAUAUUGCUCUAUGCAUCAUCCAAUUCCUGGAACCACCUACACCUCCUCGCUCCUCUUAA